UUGGUUGCUGCACAACAUCGUUCGUUCCCGUCGUUGUUUGUUACGUGGUGGAAGUAGUGGAGGAAGUUUUUCUUCUGUUUUUUUUUGGAAGUGAUUAUAUUUUUUGCCGUUUAGGACCGGAAUCUGAAAGCGCUUUUCUUGAAUGAAGAUUUGGUUCAAAUUUGGUGGAUAGAUUUCGGAUUGCGCGCAAUUUUUGAGGUGUCAAAUUAGGGAGGUUCAUAUCAAUAUUGAAAGGGAAUCUUCCGAAAGAGGGGGUAGGAAGCUGAGUAUGGUGAGGGUGGUUUAGAUCGAAUCACCCCGUUUAGUGCAAUUAGAUUGGUUGAUCUGAAGAAAUUUGAGGAUACCCGCCAGCGUGAGUGUGUCCGAUACCGGAAUAAGGUGAAAACAAAAGUGCGCGCCACUCUAAGCUAUCGAGUUGUGAUAGAAAGGAGUGAGCAAGUUGGAAGGAAGAAGACGAUUCACGGCGUGAUUGCAUCAUUAAUUCGUUGAAUCACACACUACGUAAAUAAAGAGGUAUAUAAUAUCGUUAUCAUAACGGAAGAUUUAUAGUGACGACCGGUGGCAGAAAAGUAAACAUUCCUUCGGAAGGAAGUUAAUUGGAAUAUGAAUUUUUGAUUGUUUAUUAAAAAAGUGUUAUCGAAUUCGAUGGAUGUGACCCCUUUCGAUAUGGAUAAGUUAAGCGUGAAUAAGUGACACUGGCUUAGUGUGUAUGGUAGUUAAUUGUUGGUUGAAAUAGUUCAACUAUUUGUUUUGGUGAUAUCAAUAAGCUUCAAAAUGUCGGUUCAAGCGAAGCGUCAACAUUGUUACUUGUGCGAUUUGCCCCGGAUGCCGUGGGCAAUGAUUCACGAUUUUACGGAAGCUGUAUGCCGAGGAUGUGUAAAUUACGAGGGAGCAGAUCGUAUCGAGUUGGUUUUGGAUACCGCUAGGCAGAUGAAGCGGAUCCAUGCCGGUGCCGGCGGCGGCAGUGGCAGUGGAUCUGGAGGAAGUGGUAGCGGGGGCAGCAAACGUGGCCAUGAGAAUGGCGAGAUGCCACCGCACAGAUCGGUUCCACAGGCACAUCACCACUACUCGGUCCGAGCCGGUCCCAACGGACCGACGCUAGUAGAUUUCACACCGAAGCACGAGCCCCACGACAUUACCGGUGUUCGACCAGGGGCCCGGCUACAGCAGCAUAUUCCACCCCAUCACUUGCCGCACGGCAAUCGGCAGCAGCAAGUACCGCCGGCACUUUCCGUCAACUUGAAACGGCCACCGCCGGAUGAUGACGAGCACGGUGGUCCGAUGGAUGGACCGACGGGCAGUGCCAAACGCGGUGCCGAAGAUCCCUCGGUUGCCAUCCAGCAGCAGCAGCAGCAACAACAACAACAACAACAACAACAACAGCAGCAGCAGCAGCAACAGCAACAGCGACCGCCGCUGACACGCGGCGAAUCGCUACCGGCGGCCCCGUUCGUUCAGGAUCGGCAGCAGCCCAACUACAAGGAUAAGCACCCGGUGCGAACUGCUUCCUUCGAUACGUCCUCGUUCAAACCAGGCGCUACUGACCUCAAACGAUGGAUAUUACCUAGUGUAUUACCAAACGAUUAUGUUGCAACAACAAACUCAGACCAAAAACAACAAAACAUGGGGAUUUACGUGAACGCCCCUGUUGUCCAACGUUACAAAUUGUACCCGACCGUGAUACCGAUUCCGCCGGUUUCGAUGGGCGAUUCUACACCACCGACCCCAUCGUCGGUGGCACCACUACAAAGCCCUAUGGCUAAUCUAAUGUCGAUCACCGAAACCCUGCCGCCGGGUAGCCCACGUAACGGUCCAAGCCCACCGGGACCGCCGCCACCACGAACGGCUUCCCGAGGUUCUCAACAUUCGCCAAACAGUUCCGGUUCUUCUAGUGGUCGACGAUCAUCCGGUUCGCGGCACGUUUCCAGUACAACAGUCACAUCAACGGAGGCAGCGCAGUCCAACUCGGGCGGUGCUUCCACUCCCAACGGAAAUGGACCGAACGGUAAUGGCAGUACGACACCGGUCACACUGGGACCCCUGGGGGCACCUUCAAUAGCGCAGCAAGGCCCGCAACAACCGCAGUCACAGCCCGGUUCGCAACCGCCCCCGGAUGGCGUCGGUGGUGCAGGACCUGGCGGAGCGCCUGGUGGUCCGGGUGGACCAGGUCCCCUGGGACCUGGACCGCCGGGACCCGGAGCGCCACCGGGAAUCAACGGACCGGCACCAAACAGUGCACCCGGUGGAAAUGCGCCCGCUCCCGCUCCGAAUCCGACGCUCAAGUGUACCCUCUGCCAGGAACGAUUGGAAGACACCCACUUCGUGCAGUGUCCCUCGGUCGGGCAUCACAAGUUCUGCUUCCCCUGCAGCCGCGAGAGCAUCAAGCGACAGGGCUCUGGCGCCGAGGUGUACUGUCCUAGUGGCGAGAAGUGCCCGCUGGCCAACUCGACGAUACCGUGGGCGUUCAUGCAGGGCGAAAUCGCCACGAUCCUUGGCGAGGAGCUGAAGGUGAAAAAGGAACGCGAAACGUAGAGCCACCAUCAACAUCAUCAGCAUGAUGUUGGAAGUUCUACUACUAGUGAUGAGUUGAUGACGUCCUCCUACCGUUACUUGUACUAUAACAAUAGCAGCAGCAGCAGUGACAACAGAAACAACAGUAUCGCCCUCUACCAACAGGACUUGCCCAGUUCCCAUGGCGCUGCGCCACAGCAACCCUUGUACUAUCGUCAUCAACAACAACAACAGCAGCAUGGUCAGUUGGUAGCGGCCGCAUCCAGUUUUUCAACUGCUCAGCCUUCAGCACAAUCCAUUGUUUGGGAGUUGGGCCAUGCCGGAACUCGCCGUGAACUUGAGUGAAAUCAUUGAACUUUUUGCCACUGUCGUUCUACAGACAGAAAGGAAUGGUUCUCGCAGCGGAAGUUCAACCAGUUAAACCAUUUUUUUAUAGGAGUAGGGAAUGAAUCUCUAAGGGAUUUUGACAAAACUGUUGGUAAAACUAGCAUGAUGAAGAGAAAAGGAGGAAGUUUUAUACGGAAACCGUUUUUUGGGAUACAAUAACAGGAACAAUUGUUGUACAUAAUCAAAAUAGUAUAAGUUGAAACAAGAAAAACCACAAACACAUAAAAGCUUGCUCCUCCCCCCGGGGAACGAACCCGUUCGAUUGUGGGGCAUUUUUUAGUGACAAGAGAAGUUCUCUUUUUUGGCGUAUCUCGUACAAACCCAUCGGACGAAUGGAGCGGGAUUUAAAAUCACACACACAAACACACUGUUCAUUUGUAUGUUUCCUUUUUUCUUGAGAAAAAUUGCAUCAGUGAAAAUGCAAUAAGAAGAACUAGUUUUGUAGCAGAAAGGAAGAACAUCGUAAUUCUUAGUGAGAAUUAAUUUAAAGCAACAGCGGAAGUUAGAAGCGAAAUAAUGUGAAUAAUCGAUUUAAGAAGGUACACAAAUACAAGCUUAUGCAGUAGGCAAGAGGUGGAAAAUCCCUUACAAUUGAUAUGUUUGUUUUACGGAAAGAUUUUUUAAUUAGUUAAGAUUUUUAUAUUUCAACGUGCGGCGGAAAGGCGCGCUUGAAUAAUUACUACAAACAAAUUCUUACAUAACCGCCAGAAGGCAAACAGUUGCUAACGUAUAUAAGCCAGUUUAUAAGGUGAAAUUCGCAGAGCAUCAUAGCCCGAAUUGAAACAUUUUUUUUUGUAUAAAGAAAAAGGAUAAGAAAAACUUUGAAACGCGAGAAGUGAAACAAAUCAGAUAACUCUAUUUUAAGAGUUGACCUAUUUAAUUUUUUAAAUGCUAUUAUCUUUAUUCUUACUUUAAAACAAGAACACACCAUAUAUUUAUGAUUAUUAAUAUAGUUUUCUUCUUUUAACGAACUACCUGUACAUAGCCGAGAGGAACCUAGAGUGUAGGCGAAAGAGCGAAAACGUGAAGCAUUAUUUGUUUUUUAAUUUAACAAUUUUAAAUGGAUGGAAAGAAGAAGAAGAAAACAUGUUAAAACGAAGAGAAAGAGUUCGUAAAUACAGAUGAAAAACUAUUGGUCUUACAAA